CGCUCUAAGCGGAAGUGCAGAGGGUUGUGCGGCCAGUCUCUCCUGCGCAGCCAACAUGUUCGGUCAGACUGUCCGGAGGUUCGCCACCUCUGCCGUCCGCAGCUCUCACUACGCCGAGGGGCCCGGCAAGAAUCUGCCCUUUUCCGUUGAAAACAAAUGGCGGCUGUUGGGUUUGAUGACACUCUUUUUUGGUAGUGGAUUUACCUUUCCCUUCAUCAUCGUUAGACACCAGCUCCUGAAAAAAUGAAUACAUUGACCAAGGAGCGAAUUUUGUUCUGUGAUGGAUGGACCAUAUUUAAAUUUUCCCACUGUGCAAGACAUGGAUUGUAAAUAAACAAUUACUUGUGACCUCUA